AUGGGUUUGUCAAGGUUUGAUCCAGAAAUCGAAGGUUGUCAGAGAAUAUGUGAUCUGCCCGACGAUUUGCUAUUGCGGAUCUUACUCCUCCUCCCGGCAAAAGAUGCAGUGGCCACUGAGAUCUUGUCUAAACGAUGGCGUUACGUCUGGAAGAUGCUGCAUAAAAUCGCCUUCAUAGAAAACCAAGACAGCGAGAGCUUUGGUCGGUUUAUUGACAAGUCACUGCAACUCCACAAGGCACCGAAGCUAGUAAACCUGGUUGUCGAAGUGGGUCCACGAUGUCCUGUUGACGUAGAUGUCAGAAAGUUGGCUGACAAGGCAGUUAACAAGGGUGUGAAAACGUUAGUUUUCAAGCUCCUCUGGACAGGAGAGCCCACAAGCUUCCCUAAGAGCCUUUACACAUGCGACACGCUCGUUUAUUUAUCUCUAUCAAACCAGAUUCUCGUGGAUGUUUCUUUCCCGGCUAGCCUACCAUCUCUCUCAUAUCUGGCUCUUUCCAAAGUGGUUUACAAAGACGAAGACUCUCUUGCUAGGCUUUUAUCAAGCUCCCCUGUCCUCCACGAACUGGUGGUUGAACGACAUAAAACUUUUGAGCAAGAGCAAGAGCAAGAGCAAGAGGAAUAUCACAUUGGGUCGUUGGUGAUAGAUUGCCCUGCAUUAACACGUGUAGUCAUACUUGAACAAUGGGGAGACUACUGUAGUGUGACAGAGAAAAUGCUUUGUCUUGAGGAGGCAUACAUCCGGUAUGUUCAUAACCCAGAUGAAAAGCUGCUGACAUGUUUUUCUUCUGCCAGGCGUUUGGUCUUCUCUUUAUCCAAAUCAACGGUUGCUUGUUGUAAAGCCGUUAAGUUCUCUGGGCUCAUAGAUUUGGAAUUUAUAGCACAAAUUGAUGUGGAUUGGUUGGAACCAUUUAUUUUGUUGCUUCACAACUCUCCUAAGCUGAAAAUUCUUACGGUCGACACUGCGGGAUGUCCCCAAUCUCCCUGGAACGAGCCGAGUACUGUUCCUGGAUGCUUAUCGUCUCAUCUAGAGGUUGUUAAGUGGAAAGACUAUGAAGGAAAAGAAGAUGAGAAACAACUACUGACAUACAUUCUCGCUAACUCAUACCAUUUAAAGACUGUGGAGGUCUUACUCGUAGCAACCUGCAAUCUUGAAGAGUGCCAAAAGGAGUUAGAAUCUAUGCCUAGGAUUUCAACAUCGUCUAGGCUUCUUUGUUCUACUUCAUCUUGA